AUCAUCGCUUCCUUAUUGCCAAACCUGCAAAGACAGGGCUGUACUGAAUGCAGCGUAAUUUUGACCCAUGUUCCAUUAGCUGAGCGGCCCUGAGGGCACGAGGCUUCCGCGCGGGACUGUAAUGCUACACUGUCCUCCCUCUCCGGCCAGUUCAUCCUCAGCAGCGGCAGCAGCGCAGAGCUAUGGACCUGAAACCGUAGUGCUCUUCCAACACAGCAUAUCUGCAGUCACCUGCGACUCCAAUAGGCAAUCAAUAUUGAUAGAGUAUUGUUAAGGAUUACAGCCAUAAGGCAAUACGUCGCGGGGGGGAAGGCUGGAAUUAUGAAGCGCUGUCAACAUGUCUAAGGCCACUGUUAAGAAGCUGCACUGGCGCUCGAAAGUGCAGGAGAGCUUCGUCCCUCUGGGCGGAGCCUCGGGAGAGCUGGGUGUGGCCAUUGGAGGUGGUGCAGAUUAUGGAGAGUUCCCAUUUGUCACAGCAGCACCUGGAGGAGGAGCCACUGUUGGUGACAUCAUCCUAGAGAUCGGCGGUACACCUGUCCUGGGAUUGACCUUGGGAGAUGUGAGAGGGGUUCUGAACUCAUGUCCACAUCCCAUUCGGAUCAAAACUGUAUCACCAGGCUCAACUCUCUGUAAGGAUCUGAGACUUUACCUGAGCAAGUGUUUUACACCCGGAUCCAUGGAUAGCCAACUCCAACAGGUCAUACGAGAGAACCUCUACCUGCGCGCUGUGCCCUGUACAACCAGGCAACCACGGGAUGGAGAGAUCUCAGGGGUGGAUUAUAACUUUGUGUCCAUUGAGGAAUUCUUCUCCCUUGAAGAGUCUGGAGCCCUGCUGGAAAGUGGGAAGUUUAAAGGGAACUAUUAUGGCACACCUCGGCCAGUCCACAUCGGUCCUGACAGCCCCCCCAUUACGUACCAGGAACAUCGAAAUCUCCUGAGGAACUUCCGUACUCGUAGCAAAUCGCUCAGCAACUUGGAAAAGGCAGUGGAGGAAGGUGACAACAGUGAGGAGGACUCUGGUCUGUCAGCGGGGUCUGCAGGAGCAAGCAGUGCCCCUCCCACCACCAUUGUCUCACCUAAUCAGACUUGGGAUUCAGGCGGUGGGCGGGAUGGAGGGGUUGCCAUGGAGAACGGAGCACGUGGAGGGGCAUUGCCUGAAAACUGGGAGCUGGCGUUCAGUGACACGGGCGAACCCUAUUACAUCAACCAUAACUCAAAGACCACAAGCUGGCUGGACCCAAGGACUCAGGGCAAAGAGAUUGUCAGCAAGACGGAGUUACCUGCAUUCACAGACCAACCAUCUGAACUGAAGGGCUAUUCCAUACACACCCGCCUGUCGAAAGGGCCUCGUGGGUUUGGCUUUAACAUUGUGGGUGGCAGUAGACCUCGUGAGUUCCUGCAGGUGUACAGCGUCACUCCUGGAGGCCCGUCUGCACUCAAAACAGCGGACAUCCUAGUGUACAUCAAUGACUCGUGUGUGCUGGGUCUGUCCCAUAAAGAGGUUGUAGAAAUGCUGAAAUCCGUCCCCAUGGGUCACAGCGUGGACGUUGUUCUUCGUCGAGGUUACCCUAUGCUUUACAACCCUGAUGGCUGUCCUAAAACCAGCCUCGCCUCCCCUUCUGACCCAACGAGUGCCAAUCCUGCGGCCCCCGGUUCUGCUCAAACCCAGGUGCAACAUCCUGAUGGACACCAGACUGGCUUAGUGAACCUCAACCGCUCCAUGUCCCACCACAACAACUUCUACCCCCGCAUGCAGAAAGAAGCCUUGGAUGCUAAUGGGAACACAGCACCCCAGCCUUCAUACGCAAUGGCCAAUGGGAAUGGAGUGGGAGGGACUAUAGGGAUGGGGGCAGUGCCUUCUUCAAAUGGCCCUCCCCCAUCAGAACGAAUGAGCUCCAGUCAUAGCGAUACGGAGGUCAGCUCUGUUGUCACGCGCAGAGCUUCCCUAGUCCGAAGCUACAACAACAACUCUCUUCCAGCUCCUUCUCACGCCCAUCACAGUUCCAAGUCUUCCGAGAGCGAUCUCUCCUCCGCUGCGCUCCCGCUGCCCCAGCCCGAGGUGGGUCCUGCCGCCCCGCCAGGAGCGCCCAGCACCCAGCGGCCUCCAAUGCCCCAAACAUCUCUUGCUGUUGCACCCCCAACCGAACACCCACCCUGUGGUUUCAACGGGUGUCCAGCCAACAAUCCCCCGCGACCUCUUCCGGGUGGCCUAGGGUCCCCCGGAGCCCCAGGUGGGGUAGGCUGUGGGGGAGGGGGUGAGCUGGUACCUGUGGCCUUGGGCAGGAGUGAGGGAGGGGGUAUGGGUUUCAGUGUGACGGCUGGGGGGCAGGGAGGGCAGCUGGCAGUGGUGAAGAGAGUCUGGGACAGACGACAAUGCCACUCCUUACAGCCAGGGGAUGCUAUUAUUAAAAUCAACGGCGCUGAUGUGCAGAGCCUCAGCUUCGCACAGGUACAGCGAGUGCUGCAAGAACAUACCAAACAGGGUGAGGUGGUCUUACUGGUUUACAGAGGAGGUUCUCUUUGCUCCCCAGGCUCCCCAAAUGCCUAUAAGAGACCUCCUCCCUCCCUGGGCACCCCUGAUCUAACCUCACCCUCCUCCGAUGGUGCUGUGCCCAGCCAGAGCACCCUCUCUCCCUCCUCGCCCUGCGGUGACCUCCCCAACCUGGUCCAAAGCACCAGCUUCCUGGACUCAGUGCCCGUGACCUUGACCCUGGAGCCCCGGGACUGGAUAGGAGUCGAGGACGGACCUGCUCAGUGGAGCCGUACUGCUCCCUCGAAUCUCGGCGCAGUAUCUAAAAGCCAUGUAGACACGAGGGGAGCCAUCUCUUCCAGAGCGAUGGAGGUAGAAUUGAGACGGAGACCAGGAGAAGGAUUCGGGUUUGUCAUCGCAUCCCAGGACGUAAUGAAUGGAACCUCGUCUCUAGUGUCUCACAGGUUUGUGACGGUGCGACGGGGGAGCCCAGCAGCACGCAGCGGUCAGAUCCAGCCGGGGGAUCAGCUGGAAGCCGUCGAGGGCAGAUCCGUGGUCACGCUGCCUCACAGAGACCUCGCACAGAUACUGCGCAGAGCCGGAAACACACUCAGACUCACCAUCAUACCACGCUCUCACACUAACAAUAAUCUGCCUGAGUAUCCUGACUUUGAUGCUGAGAGUCGGUUAAGAAAAGGGCAUCGAGCCAAGCAAAAGGAUUCCCAAUAUUAUAGCGUUGAUCUUGAGAGGGGGCCAACAGGGUUUGGUUUUAGUUUGCGAGGUGGAAGCGAGUAUAACAUGGGUCUGUAUGUGCUCGGUCUGAUGGAGGGCGGACCGGCCUCACGCAGUCAGAAAAUACAGGUGAGUGAUCAGCUCGUGGAGAUUAACGGAGACAGCACAGCUGGGAUGACACACAGCCAGGCCGUGGAGCAGAUCCGAAAGGGAGGAGCCCGGAUACAUCUCGUACUGAAGAAAGGCAAUGGAUACGUACCAGAUUAUGACCGUGAAGCUGGAGCCGUUUCCCCCUCCUCCCUCUUCUCCGAGGAGCCACGUGUGGCUACAGUAGAUCGCUCUUCUCCGAGGAGCAGAGGAUGGGUGGAUGACAAUGGACAAGAGAGGAGAGAGAGGAGGGGGAAGGACAGGAAGGAAUCAGGGGGAAGGAGCAGAGGAAGAGGAGCGGAGGAAAGCAAGCGGGGCUGGGCGGAGGACGUUAGUACGGCUGGUAGCUCUCGGUCGGCAGGAAGAAGGAGAGAGCCACAGAUGCGUUCACGGAGUUUACCCGGCACGCUGAGGAGCCGAGAGGGGCCACGGAGAGAAGAGAAAGAGGACGACACACAUGGAGAAAGGAAGGGAGAUGAAGAACGUCGACGAGGAAGGCAAAAAAGUAAUACCAUUGGAGAGAGAAGACGAAAAGUGAGGGAUGUUAGUUCAGAGAGAGAAAACGGUCUCCCAACACACCGAGAGAAAGAGAAAGGGAGUGUUAGAAGAGAAAAGAGGGAUCACAACAGAACCAGCACAACGGAGGGCACACAGCGCACACCUUUCUCCUUCCUCAUGCCUUUGGACAAUGACGAUGAUGGGUCGGGCGCCGAAUCGGCUCACAGCUUCUCUGAAGUCAGUGUGUCUGCAGCCAGCAUCGCAUUCUCGGGGACUCAGUGGCCCCUGGAUGCCAUCAGCCCUCUACAGGCUCCUGGAUCUCCGACAACAGCCCCGGGACCCUGGCUAGUCCCCAGCCCUCACAAACUCUCUCAGGUUUUAGAGGGGAAAAGGCUGAGCCAGAAUAAGGGAGGACUGUGGUCCUAAUGUUAUCUUCUUAAAGGGAUAGUUCACCUAAAAAUGCAACUUCAUGACGUUCCAAUUCAGUAUGACUAUUAAUGAGAAUUGUGCUAGUUGUACAUUUUCACGUGAAUGAAUAGGCACCGAAGCUUUUAAGAAAGAUGCAAAAGCACCAAAAAUGGUUCAUAUGACUUGUAUACUAUAUUCCAAGUCUUCUGAAGUCAUAUUAUAGCUGUGUGUAAGAGAAACAAAAAAUAGUUCAGUUCGAUUAAAUUUUUGUGAAUCUAACACUCUAAAAAUGCUGGGUUAAGAAAUGACAAACCCAGCUAUUGGGUUGUUUUGACCCAGCGGUUACGUUAAACAUUUAGCUUAACCACUGGGUCAAAACAACCCAAUAGCUGGGUUUGUCCUUUUUCAACUCAGUGUUGGGUUAUAUUUAACCCACCAUGUUUUAGUGAUUAUAUGACGGCAUUUUAGUGGCAUGUUAAAAAAAAAAAAAAAAACGAAAACGAAAAUUACAAGAUUAAAGUCGUAAUAUUUCGAGAAUUAAGUCGAAAUACUAUGAGAAUAAAGUCAAAAUGUUACAAGAAUAAAGUCAAAAUACUACAAGAAUAAAGUCGAUAAAUGUUUCGAGAAUUUAAAUCGUAGAAAAAAGUUACAAUAUUUUGAUAGCCUAUAUUGCGAAUGCAAAAGGCCCGGAUUGAGAACAUGGGAGAAGUUGCCAGGCCACCGGAAUUUUUUAGAAAUUUAGGUUAUCCUAUUUAACCCUUUUUAAUGCUACAAAUGUGGGAUUAUUAGCAGAAAUCAUACCGUGUGUUAUACCCGUGGGGACAGUAUGCUUGGAAACAAUAUUUCAUGUCUUCGAUUGCAUUCGUUAUUUGUAGUGCGUCAGCCCCCAAGUAGCAAGCUUUGUUGCUUUUGGUACUUUUUUAAAAUAAAACGAAGUCUCAACUUUCAAAAUCAGUUUUAUAGUAAAAUACAAACUAUGUGAAUCAAUUCAUAAAUUAUAGGCUACUGUUUUCUUUGUGAAAAUUCCACCACCCACUCCGUAAAAAACCUCUGUGGCCAACCUUUCAUUCCUUACAUGUAUUUAGUUAAAAACAAAACAACAAAACGUUCUACAGGCUGAAGAGGGCUCCUAUGCGAACUUGUUAACAUAGCUUAAGUUAUAUUGUUGUCUUUUUGAGGUAUAUAAGUGACUAUUCACUCAGAUAGCAUGCGUAUGUCUACAAUAUGUCUGUUAAAAAUCACUUGAUCUGGAAAGCAUCUGCUGUGUAUAAACAUCUGACAGACGUCUGUAAGAUGUCAGUUUUACUUACAAUCUAAAUCAUAAACAUCUUAUAGACAUCUAAUAGACAUCUAUUUGACAUCUUAUACGAAACAUCCUAUAGACAUAUCACAGAUGAGUAAACGCAGACGUCAAAUAGAUGCCUCCAAGAUGUACGUAUGCUAUCAGAGAAUAUACUCUCAAAAUAUUAUAAUUUAAUCUCGUAAUUGCUAUGAAUUAAUUUUAGUAAUUUUGACUUUAUUCUCAAAAUAUUUUGACUUUAUUCUUGAAAAUUUUUUAACAUUAUUCUCGACUUUAUUCUUGUAUUUCAUAUUUAUUCUUGAAAUUUAGACUUUAAAUAUUUCAACUUUAUUCUCGUAAUCUUAAAUUUUUUGUUUAACGUGGCACUAAAACAUUGUAAUUUUUUUAAAGUAUGUUUUCCGGCACAUUUACUUCCAUUGUAUGAACAAAAAUUACUAUGGAAGUGAAUGAGACCUAAAACUCUUUGGUUACAAGCUGAAGAAAGAAAUGUACACAGGUUUGGAUGACUUGAGGGCAAGUUAAUGAUGACAAUUAAAAUUUUUUGGGUAGACUAUUUUAACAUAAUUUAGUUCUCAAGUCAAAUGAACUACUUUUAUGAUUCAAAUGAAUUUUAUAGACCUUUAAUGAUCUAAGCUCGUCUUCAGUUUCUCCUUUUGUGUUUUAUAGGAGAAAAUAGUCAUACAGGUUUGGAACAACUUGAGCGUUACCAACACAAAUGAUGACAAUUUUUGACUUUUUUAGGGGGUAAACUAUCCCUUUAACUUUCUCUUCUCUUCUCUGUCUCUUUCACACACACACAUACACACAAACACAUGAGUCUCAUCCAGCCUCUUCAGCUCUGUCUCUAUAUCUGUGGUUUUCAGUACACCACCACCAUCCCAUCUGUCCCUUUUCCGUCCAAAUCACAUAUAGUCUAGAGUUAUGGUAUUGGUAUCAUCUAGAUACAGCGUACGUCUUUCAUCCAGGCUGAUCGACAUUUGAUUUUAUCGCCAUCCAGUGGCCAAGGAAAGAAAAUGAGCAAAUGCUGCCAUUAUGAUGUGGCUAGCAUAAUAGUAACUGAAAGGUCAGUUAGUAUUCGUCUACGAUUCAUGAUGUCCUUCAUAGCAUGUGUCUUCUUUCAUCAUUCAACAUUUUUAUUUUGCAUAUUAUUCCAUUUAUUUUUUGUAAGAAUGCAACAAAAAAUCUAUUAUAAAAAGGAAGAUUUAUUUAAGACACGGUUGCUCAGUCGUGCCCCAGAAGAGCUACAUUUAUGAACGUAAACUAGAUGGAAAACAGUUCUUCAGGAGCAGGACUAAGCGAUUAAAGAGAUUUUAUUAGCUGCUUGCUGUCUGUGACUGGACUGUAACCCCUCCCCUGCUGUGUGCGCGGUGGUCUUGCUGUUGAAAGAGGGGGGGAAGGAAGAAAACAGAACUAAAGUUUUAUUAUAAGGCCAGUGAGCCGUAUCAAACCUCUCCAGGUGCCUUCUGCUUCUUUAGCCAGUGUUUACCAAAAAAAAAAAAGAGAAACAAAUACAAGUAAAAGAACAUAAGACGUAGCAUAGUAGAAAGUGUGCAACACAAUACUGUUCUGCCUCUUUAACAUCUAUAUCUUUGCAAGACUUGGUUCACGAGUUGGGGAAAAUAUUCUGCACACGCUCUGCGAAACUUCAGCUAAGUGAGUCAAAGUGAAAGAGAGCCAUUACAAGUGCCUCAUGCGAUAUUCCUUUAUACGAGACAUAGACUUCCCUCAAGCUCAAAAUCAGGACCCAAAGUUUUGAUUUUUUCCCAUUGUGAUACUUUUUUGCGUUUGUAUGCUUUCCGAUAUUUCAGACCCAUUUCAUUGCCCUCGACAUUUCUGAGAAAACACGAAAAUGAGAAAACGAAGGCCUGUUCGGUCCUCAUCUCCGAGCCCUCCACCAAUCAGCAUCGAGCAUCAUGCGGAAUCUUCAUUUCAGGAGACAAAAAGAAAAAAAAGAGACACAAAAAAAAAAAAAAAAAAAAAAAAAAAAACAAGAA